AUGGAGAGAACAAAGUCAUCCCUUCUUCAAAUUCAACCCCCAACCUAUGGAAAUCUAGUCACCAUUCUCAGCAUCGAUGGAGGCGGUAUUAGGGGCAUCAUCCCUGCCGCCAUUCUCGAAUUCCUGGAAUCUCAACUCCAGGAGCUGGACGGUGAAGAAGCAAGGCUCGCAGACUACUUUGAUGUGAUUGCAGGAACCAGCACGGGGGGUCUCGUAACCGCCAUGCUCACCGCUCCAAAUGGAAGGAAGCGACCACUCUUUGCUGCCAAGGAUAUCAAGCCCUUUUACCUGGAGCACAGUCCAAAUAUAUUCCCACAGAAAUUCUCAUUCGGAGCGAUAGGAAAAUUGUUCAGAUCAAUGGCUGGUCCCAAGUACGAUGGCGAAUACCUUCAUCAAGUAGUGAGACAGAAGUUGGGAGAGACUCGGUUGCACGAGACACUCACCAACGUUGUCAUCCCCACCUUUGACAUAAAGGCGAUGCAGCCAGUCAUAUUCUCAUCUUAUCAGAUCAAGAAGUCCCCUUUUUUGGACGCUCGACUCUCUGACAUAUGCAUCAGCACCUCUGCUGCGCCUACUUAUCUUCCAGGCCACCACUUCAAGAACCAAGAUUCUGAAGGCAACGUCCGCGAAUUCAAUCUUAUUGAUGGCGGUGUUUCUGCAAAUAAUCCCACUUUAGUUGCCUUGAACCAAGUGACGAAGCAGGUCAUUAAUGAAGAUCCUGAUUUCUUUCCCAUCAAGCCCAUGGAUUAUGGUCGCUUCCUCAUAAUCUCAAUAGGCACAGGCACAGCAAAGAAUGAGCAAAAGUUCAAUGCAAAAAUGGCUGCCAAAUGGGGAUUGUUGGACUGGUUAACUAAAGGCGGCUCUACCCCUUUGAUCGACGUGUUUACACAAUCCAGUGCUGAUCUCGUCGAUUUCCAUUUAGCUACCGUCACUCAAGCCCUUCAUUCACAGGAUAAUUACCUAAGGAUACAGGAUGAUACGUUGGCUAGUACAGUUUCGUCGGUUGAUAUUUCCACCGAAGAGAAUUUAGAAAAACUGAGCCAAACAGGUGACGAUCUAUUGAAGAAACCGGUUUCUAGGGUCAACUUAGAGACUGGUCUGUUUGAACCCGUCGAAAAUGGAGGGACCAAUGAGGAUGCUCUCAAAAAGUUUGCAAAAAUUCUUUCUCAAGAAAGGAGGCUGCGAGAAAUGAGAUCCCCACAUGCCAACACCAAGACAUCAGGGCCCGAUAGUCUGUUUAUCUAG